ACAGAACGCCUCAAACUUGGCAGCGUUGAGAUCAGUGAGAUGUUUUGUGUGAAUUACAAGGCGGUUUAAAAAUUGUAUGUUCAGUGAAAAAUGUGAUUAAAAGUGCAAAAAAGUGUCGUAUUUAUAGUUUUAUGAACAGUUAUUGUUUAAUUUAGAAUUAAGAUGGCAGAAAUAAUAUUCCAGCGUCGAAAAGUGGCCACAAUCCUGUCACCGCCAGAUCCUCUAAUAAUACUCCUGUUGAUGUCACUAUUACAACUAUGUGUUAGCCAAGUAAUUAAUAGAGCGCCGCAUUUUGCGCCCCAAACUGGAGACAUGUCGCAGUUUAGCAUAUCUGAAGAUACACUUGUAGGGACUCCCGUUUAUCACUUGAAAGGUAUUGAUCCAGAGAAUGGGCCGCUCCGGUAUUCGAUAUCCGGUCCGUACUUCGCAGUCGACACUCUGACUGGUGUCGUGACCCUCGCCAAGUCACUUGACAGAGAAGAGCAGCGAUUUCUGGAAGUCAUUAUUAGUAUCACAGAUGAAGGUGUAGCAAAUACAGAACCAAACACAGUGUCUCUCCGUCGAGUGAUUCCAGUAAAGGAUGUCAACGACAAUCCUCCUGUAUUUCACAAUAGACCCUAUCUUAUUAAUAUUAGUGAAGCAACACCGGUUGGGAGUGAAAUUGAAGUGAAACCGAACAUAAUAGUAACAGAUAGAGAUGAAGGCGUUAAUGCAAGAAUCAGAAUAUCUUGUACUACAAAAGAAAAAGGAAGCGACAAUGAAGCAUGUGUAACAUUUAACGUUGUUACUGAAGAGAUAACAUCAAACGAAUACCAAGUCCGUAUCUUCCUAAACCAUGAGCUGUACUUCGAGAGUCGUUCUUCAUAUGUAAUCAGUUUGGAAGCCACUGAUCAAUCAGAUAAACCUUUGAGAGCCGUAGCCAGUGUCGCCGUUACUGUUGGCGAUGUGCAGGACCAACCACCUACCUUUGUUAAUGCUCCUUAUUCUGCUAUUGUACCUGAAAACAUUCCACCGAACACAAGUAUAAUGGAAAUCAUAGCAAAGGAUGGUGAUACAGAUAAUGUUAGACCAGUGUUGCUAACCCUCGAGGGAGACACGGAGCAUUAUUUUAAACUAAUACCUGAAAAGCCUAUUGGACGAGCAACUUUAGUUGCCACUGGUAUUCCCAUUGAUAGAGAAAGUGAUGUGGUUGUACAGAAUGGUGGAGUAUAUUCAUUUUUAGUGAAGGCUACGGAACUAAUCAACAAUGAAGUGCCAUCCGAUUAUACAGUCACAACCGUUACUAUCAUCGUUACGGACGUGGACGAUCACGUUCCAGAAUUCAACAAUGACGUAUUUGAUAUAUCAAUACCAGAAAACAUUGAAAAUGGAAGUCCCAUACCAGGUUUAUCUAUUUAUGUAGAAGACUACGAUAUUGGACAAAAUAGCAAAUACAACCUAAGAUUAAAAAAUGAGUUUAAUUCUGAGGGAGUAUUCUCAAUAAGCACUAAUAAUGGAGAGGGUCGAACUCCAAUAACCAUAAAAGUCAAAGAUUCAUCAAAGUUAGACUACGAUGUUGAUGAUGAACAGAAAAGAAUUUUUAUAUUUGACAUUAUUGCAUCAGUUGAUGGUGAAGAUGUGUCUUCAGCUAGAGUAAACAUAAAAUUACUAGAUAUGAAUGAUAAUGCCCCUGUAUUUAAUGAACCUAGUUACAAGUUCAAUGUUUUAGAAAAUGCUACCAUAGGGACUAAGAUAGGAGAUGUCCAUGCUACAGAUAGAGAUUAUGGUAUAUUUGGUGAAAUAGAGUACACAUUAACGGGUUUUGGAUCUAAUAUGUUCAAAACAGAUAAAAAUAUGGGUGGCUUAUACGUCGCACAUAACUUAGACUACGAAAAGCAGAAAAGUUACAGCUUGACUAUUUUCGCUAAAGAUGGAGGAGGUAAAGGGUCGACGGCCAGUAUUUUUGUCGAUGUUAUAGAUGUGAAUGAUAAUGCACCAAUUUUCGAAGCUUCUGACUAUAGUCGAACUAUCAGAGAUGGUGCAACUAGUUUUGAACCUCAGUUCGUAAUUCGAGCUAAUGAUGCUGACGGCCCUUUACAAGGAAAUGGACGAAUUAAAUAUACACUAGAAUCUGAUAACAGCAUAACUCGCAAAGGCAACGUUUUCAACAUUGAUGAGAAUACAGGAGAGAUUACAAUUAUAGACAAAGUGGAAACAAUGGACACACCUAGAGGACAAUAUGAAUUAGUUGUUAGAGCAACUGAUUAUGGAAUACCUCCAAUGUACAAUGAAACUCGAGUCUAUAUCAGGGUAGGAGUACCAGGUAAUCAACGACCUACGUUCAAAGGCAAUUACCAUCACUACAAAUAUAAUGUAAAUCCGCGGAACCCUGACAGCAACGACGACUUCACAUUUGAUCUCAAUCCUAUGAAUUACAAAGCUAGCAUUAGAGAAGAUGCAAAACCUGGGCAAAAUGUGACAAUGGUAGUAGCUAAUGAUCCUGAUGGUCUUGAUGACCUGCUUAGGUAUUAUAUUGUAUCUGGUUCAAAAGAUAACUUUGUCAUCAAUGAAAAAACUGGAUUGAUUACAGUAUCUAAUGAUGCAAACUUAGAUCGUGAAGUAAAUACAGACAAAUACGAAAUCAUCGUAUCAGCAGUUGAUAGUGGUACCCCUAUUCCUGAAACAGCCACUACAACUGUAUUUGUUACCAUUCAAGACGUAAACGAUAAGCCACCUAAGUUUAAUACUACCGAAUCUACGACCUACUUAUCAGAAAAAACGAAUAUAAAUGAUUUAGUUACGAAAAUUUCUGCAUUUGAUUCAGAUAUCAAUGCAAAAUUAAAAUACAGCUUAAUUGAACCCGUUAAAGCAUUUUCUAAAUCUGGUGUACAACUUAAACCUAACUCGCCAUACGAUUAUAAAACUUUGUUUAAAAUCAACGAAGACACGGGUGAAAUUUUCGUAAAUGGUACUUUAGAUUACGGUCAAGCAUCUAUAGUCAUUCUAACUAUUAAAGUGAUCGAUGAAAACGCAGAGUUGAAUAAGGAAAAUCAGUUUGAUGUUGCUGAACAUACAAUUUACAUACAACCUUAUGCAGACAAGAAUCCUCAAUUUACUAACCCUGGAUGGACCAGUUCAAACCCUGUGAUUUAUCAUAAAAUUAAAGAAGAGCAACCCAUUGGAAGUACUGUAUUAGUGUUGACUGCUGAAGACCCAAUAUCAGGACAUGUCAUAUCUAAUUAUAAAGUAAUUAACUCUCACACUGGAUUGCUACAAGUGGAUCCUCUUAGUGGUCAAGUUGUAUUAACAAACCAUUUAGAUUAUGAAGAUUUAUCAUCUCCGAAUUUAACUUUGACUGUGAAAGCAACUAGCAAUGAUGGAAGUAAACAUAGCAUGGCUAAAAUCAUCAUUGGAGUUACUAAUAUCAAUGACAAUCCACCUACUUUUGAAAAAGAGUUAUACAAAGUCAGCGUUCUAGAAUCAACGAAAUACCCCGAACAAAUUCUCACGAUAAAAGCAAAUGAUGCAGAUGCCAUUAAAACCGACGAAGAUAAAAUUAAUGGUUUUUCAGAUAUACGAUAUAAUUUGAGAGGAGAUAAUUCAGAUCUGUUUAUAAUUGACAAUGUAACUGGAGUUAUACAGGUAGCUCCAAAUAAAACAUUGGAUCGGGAAAGGCAGUCUGUUCUAAGAAUGGAAGUUGAAGCAAUUGAUACUCCAAAAAGCGAAGCAAAUCGCCUAAAAACAUCUGCUGCAAUUCUGGUAGAUGUAUUAGAUGUUGAUGACAAUACACCUAGUUUCGAAAAACCUGCAUAUAUUGCUGUCGUGCCAGAAAAUGUACCAAUAGGAAUAAGUGUCAUCAAUAUAACAGCUACAGAUCCUGAUGAAGGCAUAGGAGGAGAAAUUAAAUAUGACUUUCUGGAUGAGGGAGAAGCUAACGGUCUUUUCGCAAUAGACCCCGUAACAGGCGAAGUGAAAACCCGUCGUGAUCUCACUGGCCGUGGUCGUACCGACCCUUACAGACUCCUUGUGGGAGCUACAGAUGGUGGGGGUCAUAGUGGUGAUGCGUCACUGACUUUAUACAUUGGUGACGUCAGCGCCAAUGAUGGUGUACCGAGAUUUAUCAGGCCUGCUGAUGGGGAAGUGCUGAGCGUUAGCGAGAAUGCAACAAUUGGCUCCUCAGUCUUUCAAGUUGUAGCCACAGACCCGGAUGAUCCAACACAGCCCUCUGGACAACUUUAUUACUUGAUAGAACAGAAUAAUCCGGACGCCAAGACUUUUACAAUAGAUCCUCACUCAGGCCUAAUUACGACUCGUCAGUCAUUGGAUCGUGAACGGAAGGCGUCGUAUACCCUGGUGUUACUUGUGUCAGACAGGGGACAACCACCGCAACAGAGCAGAAGGAUUGUCAACGUCAUGAUCAUAGAUGUCGAUGAUCAUAAGCCCCACUUCGCUAGGAAUUCCGAUGACCCACCUAUUCUUAUGACAACCAAAGAAGAGAUACCAGUCGGAACAGUAAUUGGUACGUUAGAAGCUAUCGAUGAAGAUAUUGGAGAAAACGCUGCAGUCGACUACGCCAUUACAGCUGGCAAUGAAUUAGGUCUCAUAAAGCUAGAACGCACAAAUGACAGUAAAGCAAUUUUAGUAGCUGCAGCUAGAUUGGACAGAGAAGCUGUAAAUAAAAUUCUUCUCACUGUUAAGUGUUUCAAAUAUGGUACAACACCUAAACUGAACAAAAUGUAUAAUCGAUUGGAUCCAUCAGAAACCCAAGUAUUAAUCAAACUCAUUGAUAUCGAUGAUCACUUACCAGAGUUUGAAAACGCCAACAUGACUAUUGGAGUUCGUCUAAAUGUGCCUAUAGACACCAGCAUAGCUACCGUGAAAGCAAUAGAUAAAGAUCCUGACGCUAUAACAAUUAAUUACAAGAUUGUUAACAUGAGUUUCGAAUCUCCAAUCAAAUCUAAAUCUUUAAGUAAUAUCACUGAUGUGAUAGUUUUGAAUAAUGUAACUGGUGAACUUAAAGUAAUGAAGAAUCUGAUACACUAUGCUGAUGGCAUAUUUAGAUUAACAGCUCGAGCUAAUAACUCUGAAGACCUAGAACGGUACAGCGAUGUUUUAAUUGAGGUAGUAGUCGUAAGAGAACGAGAUCUUCUUCGUCUGGUAUUACCAGGAAGCACACGGUCAAGAGUGAACGAUCUACGUAAUCGGAUGCAGACUGCGCUUUCGUCGCGCGGUUUGCGGAUGCAAUUGCAUGAUUCUGUUAACUCAGCGUAUUUGACCAACCCUGGACCCUGCUUCCAAUUUCGUAAAAUGGAGAACGGUGAAGCAUUAACCCCUAAAGCUAUGAAAGCUAGCAUUCGUUCCCUCGGCAUCGAGUUCCAGCAGAUUCUUGAGGACUUCAAUGUCCACAACAUCACCAGUUGUGGUACAACGAGACAGAAACAUUCACCAGCGCAGCAAGCGUUGCUUGCUCUUGCUGGUGUCUUGCCCUUGGCUGCUCUCAUUUCUGCUCUAGUAUUGUGCUGCAUGCAUUCUAACGCUAAACGACGAGCUCGAUCCGCUUUACUCCUGGCGCGAGAACCUCCCCCAACGUCGCCAAGCAACAUAUCCGUCCCUACUAGAUUAUACGCCGAACCUUUGUAUACCACGUGAUUUAAGAACAAAGAUUUAUUAGCGGAGAAAUGCGAGACGCUCAUUAUUUUCAAUAUAAAUCCAUCAGUCUACGGGAAACUUACUAAAAGCAUGGGUAUAGAUGCACGUAAAAAAAACUUUAUGCAUACUUAAAACUGUAGAUGUCGCCACUUGCAUAAAAUAAAAUAAUAUUAACUACUGCAUCUCAAAAACUGCAGGUGGUAUUAUUAUCAUACUAAAUAGGAAAUAUAAAAUAUAAAAAAAGAAAUGCAAAACUAUUUCAAAAUCAUUUUCGGAAUGUUCAAAAAAUUCAUUCACAUUGUACUGUCGCUGAACUUUGAGCAUAUAACAAGUGGAAAGUUUUCCAAUGGUAAACAUAAGUUCGUAAUAAUUCGUGCAGAUGGCAUUUCUUUGAAUUUAUUCUCGGAACAAAGUAACGUUUUAGGGUUGAUUUUUACUUUAAAAUAUUAAAAGUACAGAUUCAGCUUACUUGCGAUUUAAUUAUAUUUUAUUGUAUAUGAAAUCAACGACUGAACAAGGCAAUUUCCUUGACUAAAAUGUAAUAGCUGCCAUCUGUUGGCCUUUUCGGAUAUCAUUAUAGACGUAUUACGCGUUUACUUGGCACCAUCUAUCGAUCAGCGUUAAGAAUCUAAAUAAGCAACCAAAUAAGCGGAGUUAUAAAUGCGACAUUACUUUAAUGAUUAUAUUAUCUGCGCUAAAAGUAUAAUUUUUUAGUUUAAGUUGUGAGUAGGAUCAAAGUAAUCAUCAAGUGACUUGAUCACCUAUAACGACACACGUACGCAUUACGCUCGAGUAUCUAUGUCAGCUAUAGUUAUAAUAUUAUGAUAACUUUCUAUAUGAACAACGGAUUUUUAAUUAGAGAUAAUGAACUGAUGUUUAGAAGGUUACCGAGUUUUUAAGUUUUCGUAUUUUUUCAGAUCUAAAUCGCGUACAUUUAUUUUUUCAAACAAACCAACGUUUCAGGUUCUUUACACGUCCCAUAGGCGUAGUGGACUGAGAUGGUAAAGUCAUCAACAAGUUACGUCUAAUAUUAAAGCAAACUAUCCUAUUCAGAGCUACAGUUACGAAAGUUAUUAAUUGAAAUACCUUAUUUAUUAUAUACCAAAGAACAUUACAAUUUAUGCUGCAUA